AUGGCAGUCCCAUCUUCCAGUCCUGGUCCAUCAGAUAGAACAGACAUCCCCAAUAUAGAGUCACAAGCCUUCCCAGAGCCAUCUGACUCAUUCGAACCUCCACCCUCUCGCCCCUCAAAAAAAACCAGAGUCGAGGACGUUCCAGAUGAAGACGAUGAUGAAGCGGGAUCAGUGCAAUGGAUAGACGACUUCCCAUUUCCAGCCGGUGAUCCCAUCGUGUGGUGUGGUACUCAGGAGACACCGUUUCAGAUGUACCGUCGAGAGAAGCUGGCACGAGGAGAGGAUAUGUGGCAGCCCUUUGAAAGUCACAAAGAAUGGGAGCUUGCCUGUUGGCUCGUUCGUUCAGGGAUCAGCCAGAAAGAAAUCGACAACUUCUUGAAGUUGGCAAGUAUUAAGGAAGACGUUGCACCGGCUUUCGAUACAAAACGCAAAUUAUUCCAGACUAUUGAUAAACUGCCAACGGGUCCAGAAUGGGAGUGUGAGAUCUUCAAGAUAGUUGGCGAUGAAGUGGAUGAAAAGGGGAACAACCGCACAGAGGAAGUGGAACUAUGGAAAAGAGACCCGGUUGCAUGUGUUCGUGAGCUCGUCGGUGACCCUCGGUUUAUAAAUUGCAUACGCUAUGCACCAGAACGCAUUUACAAGGAUUCAAAUGGUACCUCGCGAGUAUACAGCGAGAUGGCAAUGGCAGAUUGGUGGUGGGAAAUACAGAAACUCUUACCUCAGGGUGUUACAAUUGCACCAAUAAUACUGGCCUCCAAUAAGACCCAGCUUUCCCGCUUCAGUGGCGACAAGCAGGCCUGGCCUGUAUACCUGACAAUCGGCAAUAUCGACAAAGAUAUGAGACGAAAACCAUCAGAACAUGCGACCGUGUUGAUAGGCUAUCUCCCUCUGUUCCAUACAUGCAUGCGAUCACUACUCCAACCCUUAGUCAAAGCUGGAAAGGAUGGUGUCGAGAUGCUGUGUGCCAAUGGCAAGACCCAACUCAUCUAUCCACUUCUGGCUGCAUAUGUCACCGACUAUCCAGAGCAAUGCCUCCUGCAUAAGGGCAUAUUCAAGGACCAUCUCGUAAAAUGGACAACGUCUACAAUCAAUGUGGAGGAUGGAAGAAAGCCAGAGGAUGAGAUUGAUGGUCGAUUCAAAGCCAUGACACGACAUCCAAGUCUUCGGCAUUUCAAAAAGGGUAUAUCAUUAGUGACACAGUGGACUGGGAAUGAGUACAAGAAUAUGGAAAAGAUCUUUCUGUCUGUCAUCGCAGGAUCAGCAUCCUGGGAGGUCACAGUCUGCGUCCGUGCAGUUCUAGACUUCAUUUACUAUGCCCACUUUGAAGAGCAUACAGAUAAGAGUCUGGACAAGCUUGAAGAAGCAUGGCAUACCUUCCAUCGACACAAAAAUAUCUUUAUCAAUCUCAACGCUCGCAAUGACUUUAAUAUCCCGAAAGUCCAUUCCACUAUGCACUAUGCAGCAAUGAUACGGUCUCGAGGAACGGCAGAUGGAUUCAAUACAGAGGUGUCAGAGCGGUUGCAUAUCAAUUACGCAAAGGUUGCAUAUAAUGCAUCCAACAAGAAGGGAUACAUUAGGCAGAUGAUGAAGUGGCUGAUGCAAAGAGAGGCUGUGGAGAGAUUUCAGAGAUUUCUCCAGUGGGCAAUUGACAACUACGCUGAGCCAGAAGAAGACAAGGAAGAUGAGGAUGAGGAUGAGGAUGAUGACGGUCAACAAGCAGGCAUUGUUCCCACGACAUUUGAUGGAACCGAGUCUGGCCACUUGACAUCUGGUCACCCUUCUGCCAUCACAGACAACAAUGCAAAUGCGGAUGAGGAAUCCAGCACAUCCAAACCAUCUUCAGAGUAUGGUGAAUGCCAGUAUUCCAUUGCAAAGUCUCCAUCAUACACCAAUGUUGAUAUUCUCUCUCUCAAAAAACGGUUUGGCGCCACGAAAUUUGUAUAUGCACUGGAAGCUUUUCUUCGAUGGCAUUUUGGUAAAGUACCACCGGAUUUUUGGAUGUCAGAGCCAGCAACAUAUAGUGUAUACAAACGCUUCUGUAUCUUCAUCCCACCGAUUCCCGAGGUCUCAAAAUCAAUUACUAUGGUGUUAGCCACUAACUCUAUCGACUUAGAUCGUGUUAGGAUCGCUACUCGCACUUUGGUAGUCGAUACUCUAACAGGCCAAAGGCGAUGA